AUGGCCUGCAUUAUACAAGAUUGUUAUCCCGAUAUAUGCCCACGUCCAUGUAUUGACGUCCGCAACGAGCCGUGUAUCUCAUCAUGCGGAGAUUCGACUGCAGUGGUCUAUGCACCACCAGUUGUUGUGAGAUUUCCGGGACCAACUAUGGCUACUUGUCCUCAAGACAGCUUCGUAGGAACCGUCUUACCAAAUUUGCCAGUUAGAUCUGGUGGCUCAUCUGGUUACGGUGGAGGAGCUGGAGGCUCGAUCGGCUCAAUCAGUUAUGGGGGAGGUUAUGGAGGUGGAGCCGGGAGUGGUUAUGGGGGUGGUUAUGGAGGUGGAGCUGGGGGUGGUUAUGGGGGUGGAGCUGGAGGUGGAGCUGGGGGUGGUUAUGGGGGUGGAGCUGGAGGUGGUUAUGGGGGUUCUUAUGGGGGCUCAUAUGGUUCUGGGGGUUCACGUGUUUAUAGCAGGAAGUCAUAUAGUAGCAUUUCUGGGGGAGGAUCUUCUGGAUUCAACCGUGGAAACUGUGGGCCAUGCUAAACCCAGAAGAACGAUCCAUGGAAUGAGAAACAAUCAGGAAAUGACAAGAUAGAGAUUGA